AAUUCUCUCUUGAACUUUUUAUUCUACUGAAAAAUCUCCCGUGAUAACUAAAUCGUGGGAAAAUCCUCUAACGUGGCAACAUUGAUGCAAUCGUUAAUACCGAUUCGUCAUUCCAGCAAAUUUGCCAAGUGUUCGUGAUUCACGGGUGUUAAAAGAAUUAUUACGAUGCACGGCCGAGUGAAGGUGCGUACGACAGCGGAGCAGGAGGAAAUAAGGAAGAGGGAAAGGGCGGCCAAGGUUGCCGAAUAUAAGGCUGACAUCGCUAUAGUGUUCCAAAAGCGGAAAGACAAGAUAUGGGACGAUGAACUGUUGACAUGCAUCAGGCGUAUGCUGAUGAACAACUCGGACAUUUAUACACUAUGGAACAUUCGUCGCGAGGUUUUCGAGAAUAACGAAUGGAGUGAGGAAGAUUACAAGCAGUUACUUGAGAAUGAGCUGAACCUGACUGAGCAAUGCCUCAGAGAGAAUCCUAAGUCGUACAGCGUGUGGCAUCAUAGGUGUUGGGUGAUGGAGCGGAUGCCUGAACCAGAUUGGAAGAAGGAAUUGUUCCUGUGUGCAAAAUGCCUAAAUAUAGAUGAGAGAAAUUUUCACUGCUGGGAUUACAGAGAGUUUGUUGUGCAGAAAGCUGGGAUCUCUAGUGAGGAAGAAUUUGAGUUCUCCACUACAAAAAUAUUGAGUAACUUUUCAAAUUAUUCAUCUUGGCACUACAGAAGUCGAAUAUUGACCAAAAUGUUUGGCACUACGUCCGAAGAAAUACCGAUUGUAGACGAUAGAUACAGAGAAGAGCUCGAUUUAGUCAUGAAUGCAACAUUUACCGACCCCAAUGACACUAGUGCAUGGUUCUAUCAAAGAUGGCUUUUAGACAAGUGCAUGACAACCUGCAGGUUGUGGCGUGCUCAAAUUAAGAAAGAUACAGCUAUUAUCGUUAUUGACAACAACAUACAGAUCAAACCAAUUUCACUCUCGUUAUUUGUAAAUGGCGAAACUGUCGACGCGAAAUGGCAAUUAUAUCCGGACGAAAAGUUUGCCAAGCUACGAAUCGCAGAGUUUGCCAGUUCACUGAAAGAUCUGGAGCAUGCCAAAGAGGUUUCUGUGAAACUGCAAGAAACAGUAUAUCAACUUUCGUAUUCGGAGUUAGAAUAUGCAUGGAUCUAUAAAGAUGACUCAAGUUUGCACAAACAGAAUAGCAAUGAUGAACAAUUAAAUGAACAAUUGAAGAGCUACAACCAGCUUUCUGAAAUGGAACCAAAUAACAAGUGGGCCUUAUUAACUGGUGUAUUACUGAUGAAAAAAAUCGAUUUUAAAAAGUUUUAUACCGACAUAUUAAAUAAUCUAUCGGCGCUAUCAAAAGUCGACAGUCUUCGCAAAAAUUAUUAUAAGGAUUUACGAAGUAAACUCUUAGUGGAAUAUAAACUACUCGAAGUAUGGAAAAAAGAAAGCAAUUUAGAAAUACAGUCAAAGAUUGACUUGUCGGGAUUAGACUUAACAAAAUUGCACAAUAAUCACUACUUCAGCUUCUUCGAGGAAGUGAAUCUCGGUGCGAAUCAAUUGGAAAAUUCCCUGCAUCAGCUGUCCACAUUACGAUGCGCUAAAUUGUCGCUGUCCAGCAAUGAUUUAACGUCAUUGAAACGUUUUCCUACUCUAUGCAAUCUCGAAGUUCUGUCCUUACGAAAUAACAAAUUAGCAAGCACAAAGGAGAUAAUCAACUUAAUAAAACGGCACAAGAAUUUGAAAAGACUAGAUUUACGAAAUAAUCCAGUAUGUACGGAGAUUGAUAUAGCUGAAAUUCAGAACACAAAUCCUCACGUGGACGUAUGUUUAAAAUAACAUCAGGAAAUACACUUAAUAGAUAAUAUAUUAAAACAUAUUUAAUAAUUGUAAUUUUCUAAGCAAUCUAUCGUCCGCUGUUCCUACUAUUUUUAUCACAAGAAUAUUAAAUCAAAUUCAGAUACAAA